AUGUUAUCACGAUCAAGCUUAUCGCAGCGUUUCCCUGUUUAUGCGAAGUUCCUUUCGUCGUCAUUGCCAAUUCAUGCAUCACAUCGUGGUGGACGACAUUGGGGAAAAGAGAAUACCCUUGAAACCUAUCGUCGAGCUGUUCAUGAAGCUCGAACAGAGAUUCUUGAAAUUGAUAUAUGGAAAACCAGUGACGAGCAACUCGUUCUUAAUCACGAUGGUAUUAUAAAUGGAGCAUAUAUUAAUGAAAAUACUCUUGAAUAUUUACAACGAAUGGAUUCACAACUGCUUACACUCGAGCAGGUUUUAAAUGAAUUCGUUCCAUUAUCAUCUUUGGUAUUCUUCUUCGAUAUGAAGGAUGCCAAUGCAAUUCCAUUAACACUUCAAGCUAUUCAAAAGUAUAAAAUUGAAGAUCGAGUUAUGUUUGGCGCUGUUGAUAGACCAAUCAAUAAAGAAUUACAAAAGCAGAAACCUUCUUCAAUUCCUCUUUGUGCUGAUGUAGAAUCAAUGAUGAAAAUAGCACAAGCUUACAAGCAAGGUCAACUCAAUGAAAGCUAUCCUUUUGAACACGAUAUACUCGGACUAUUUCUUGAACCAAACACUCGUGCAAUACUAACAACACAUUUAGUCGAUACAAUUCACAAAACAGGUCGACCAUUGGCGCUCGUUGGUUCGUUGCUUGAUGAUCCAGCAGUUCAGAGAGAAGUGAUUCAGCUCGGUGUUGAUAUUAUUUUUACUGAUCGUCCAGACGUCUUACGACAAACUUUCGAGUCGUACGCAAAUAAAUAA